GUACUCAGACUACUUGUACGCAACACCUCGCUGCCACCUCCACACAACCGCAGUUAUUAUCUUGCUUUAACGUUGAAACUCUGUAUAACACAAUCUCUGUUGUCCAAAAUGAGCCAGCAGCAACCACGAAGGCCUCAGGCCGACCAGUCACCCCAGCAAGAACCCAUCAAAUACGGGGACGUUUUUGACGUCUCUGGCAAGCUAGCAUCCAAGCCCGUCGCACCACGAGACGCCGCCAGUAUGCAGGCAGCCGAGAGCAUGGUUCUCGGAGAGACCCAAAAAGGCGGGCCCGCUGCUGUCAUGCAAUCAGCAGCUGCGGUCAACCAGAGGGCCGGUCUUGUAGGCCGCGAGGCUGUUUCUGAUAUAUCCAGAGAACAAGGCAUAACCGUCGCUGAAACCGUCAUAGAUGGCAAACAUGUUAUCGUCGAAGCCAUUGGAGACCAAAUUGUGUGCCAAUAUGAGCAACCAGAAAUCCCAGCGAGAUCUACAAGAGCUGUUUUUGAUUGUGAUUCAGUCACAAUUGGCGAAGCAUUAGAGGCGACUGCUCUUUCCUUGGGGGAUAAACCGGUGGAUCAGAGCGACGCUGCUGCCAUUCAUGCGGCGGAGGUGAGAGCGAGCGGUAAUAAUGAAAUUAAGCCAGGCGGGAUAGGUGCUGCAGCGCAGUCUGCAGCCGCGCAUAAUGAGCGGGCAACGUUAUUGGCAGAUAAGACCACCAUCUCCGAAGUUUUAGCGGAUGCAACUAUGAAGCUACCUGAUGACAAACCCGUGAGGCGUGAAGACGCUGACAGAGUGAUUAGUGCAGAGAGAAGAAAUAAAACUGAUAUGAGGAAUACACCAGGUGGGGUGGCGUCUUCCUUGGCUGCAGCAGCUAGGAUUAACCGAAACGAGAUAUGAAUACUAAUACUUUGCUGUUUUUGUUUGUUUACGGUUGAUCUGUCAGUUUAAUUUUCCUUCUUUAUAACAAAAAAGAAAUCAUGUUUUCGUUUUUAUAAUAUAAACUGCUUGUAAUGUAAUAUCAUAAUAUCAAAUAGUAGUUGGUGCUUCUUAUAA